GAGUUGUAGUACGACUGGUUCCGCUUGUCACGUUACUGGAGACGCCGGUGUCUCGGUGUCCGCGGGGGCGGGGCCGGCCCGCUCCCCGCACUCGGCGCCAUGGCCGGCGCCGGCAGGAAGAAGCAGGUUCGCUUCGCCCGGCCGGAGGCGGAGGACGGGCGGCGGGGCGGCGAGGGGCCGGCGGCGGAGCAGAGUCUCCUCCCGGAGCCCGCGCCGCGGCCUGAGGUGAUCGUAGCCGGCGGCGGCGGCAGGAGCCGGGCCGGGGAGGGAGCGACGCUGCUGCUGCGAUGGUGCAUCUCCGGGGUGCUGUGCUCGGCCUUCCUGGGCCUGGGUAUGAGCAUUGCUGUCUUGGGACCUACAUUUCAAGAUUUGGCUGCAAAUGUGAAUAAAAAUGUCAGUGAUAUUUACUACAUUUUCGUGGGUCGUUCUCUGGGGUACCUUGGUGGUUCAGUGAUUGGAGGGAUUAUCUUUGACUGCGUGAACCCUCAUCUCCUCUUGGGGUUAACCAUGCUGGGAACAGCAGUUGGUCUUUAUGCCAUACCAUGGUGUAAGAAAGCGCUAUUGUUAACUGCCCUGAUGUCAGUCAUUGGGACUUCCAUGGGUGUUCUAGACACAGGUGGAAAUGUCCUUGCAUUGAAUAUAUGGGGAGCAGAGGUUGGACCACAUAUGCAGGCCUUACACUUCAGUUUUGCACUGGGUGCCCUUGUGGCCCCAAUCCUGACAAAAAUGGCAUUGGGCAGCUUCAUAUCUCCUAAAGUCCACACAGAAGAUGAAAAGACAAACCACUCUGUUCCGAGUGAUAUACCUAACGCACUGACUGGAUCAGCACUGAAACUGCAUUCUAAUGUGAGCUUUAUGUGGUCCUACAUUGUCAUAGGGACCUAUAUUUUGAUAGUUUCUUUGUUGUUUGUUGUUCUGUAUUCAAGGACCGGCUCAGCACGAGAAAAAGCAAAAUCUUCUCUGCAGAAAUGUCAAAUUGCCAAAUACCACUAUGCCCUUCUCAUUCUCCUUUUCCUUUUCUUCUUUUGCUAUGUAGGAGCAGAGGUCACCUAUGGCUCUUACAUUUUCAAUUAUGCAGAGGUUUAUGCAGACAUGAAAGAAAGUGAAGCAGCUAGUUUGAACUCCCUUUUUUGGGGAGCAUUUGCAGCUUGCAGAGGACUGGCAAUCUGUUUUGCUACCUGUUUAUACCCUGGUACUAUGAUUCUGCUGAGUGUCAUAGGUUCCACUGUCUCCUCUCUGUUCCUGGCACUGUUGAGUAAGCAUCCAAUUUCGCUCUGGGUUGGAACAGCAGUGUAUGGUGCAUCAAUGGCUACCAUCUUUCCAAGUGGCAUUUCCUGGAUUGAACAGUACACCACCAUACAAGGAAAGUCUGCUUCUCUCUUCGUAGUUGGUGCUGCCUUGGGGGAGAUGUGCAUUCCAGCAGUGGUUGGGUUCCUUGAAGGAAAACUUCACAAUGUCCCUGUGAUGAUGUAUGCUGCACUGGGAACAUCUGUAGUGACAGCAGUACUAUUUCCUGUAAUGUAUAAAUUAGCCACUUCUCCCAGUGAGAGUAAGUUAAAAGAUGGUGGUGGGAGCGAGGACCAGAAAGCUUUGUUGUCCAACUUUGAACUUAAUGAAGAUGAGGAAGAUGAAGAGGAUGCAGGAGAAUGGAAUGAAGCAGACUUUGAAGUAAUUGAAAUGAAUGAUACAGUGAGAAACUCUGUGGUAGAGACAUCUCAAAAGAUCCCAGGGGAGUCCCCAGCUAAAGUGUCCAUGCAGCCACCUUCAAACAUAUUUAGUUCUUCUCCAGUGAUUGCUCUUAGCUCCCCAGGGAGAAAGCAGUUCAAUAGAGACAGAGAGAAGAAUGAUUAAAGUAAAAUCUAGGCUUCUUACUUGAAAUGACUGCCUGGCUUCUGUAAGGUAAUAAACACAAUCAAAUUAGCUGUAUUUGUAAAGUGAUUCAGAAUUUUAAUAGUGGUACAAAUCCAAGAGUUUCCACCUCCGUGCUUGCCAAAUCGCAGUUUAUGCUUAUUCAUUUUAGUCUGCAACCAUGCAUCCUGGAGUGAAAAAGAAUGUGUAUGUUGGACAUACUAAAGAGGGAAUCCGUGGUAAUAUGAUCAGGUGUUGUGUCAUGGAACUAAAAGCAAUUUAGACUAAACAUAUGGGAAACAUUUCUUAAAUGUAAAGAAAGAAAAUGAUGGGCACCCUAAUGUAACUUAAAGUGAGACUGUUCAGAGUAUUUUAACCAUAUUUUUAGAACAAUCCUGCAUUGGUGGGAAUAGAUCAGGACGCACAGUGAUCUUAAUUGAUCACCCUCAUACAAAUCAGAGAAGAAUCUUGAACUUCUUGAAUCUAGUGAAGGGGAUAUUUCCAUGCACUUAAAGUCUGGGAUGUAACAUAAACCAUGAAAUUACUGGUAAGUUAAACACCAAGGUGUUAGUUGUGUCCUUGUCCUUUUGGGAAAGUGGAAAAGUUGAUAGCUCAACAGCUUUAGUUAAUGGAUGUAUUGUUGACUUUGUCUGGGAAUUUCCUGGUUUUGUCAUUUUUAUGUAAUGUUGUUUAAACAUAGAUUUCUGUGUUUAGUUCAUUUUAAAUCAUGGAAACAUCAAAUAUGUUACACUGGAAUAAAAUAUUUAUUUAGGGAGGUUUUAAAAAAUGUGUAUUAUGUACUCUUUCCAAGGUUGCUUUGAAGAACAAAAUGGUUUGUCACACAUCUGCAUUUUUUUUAUUUUGCGAUGGUGGAGAGAGAGGACAAGGGAGUUUUUAAAGUAGUUGUGCUGAUCUGCUAUAAUUUUUAAUUCUUGAUUGUUGAGCCAUUAUUAGCUACUUUUUAAUCAGUGUUUGAUAACUAACCACUGGUAUCACAGGCAGUAUACACAGUAGUGUAGUCACUUACGUAUCAGAGGGGUAACCGUGUUAGUCUGGAUCUGUAAAAGCAGCAAAGAGUCCUGUGGCACCUUAUAGACUAACAGACGUUUUGGAGCAUGAGCUUUCGUGGGUGAAUACCCACUUUGUCAGAUGCAUGCUCCAAAACUUCUGUUAGUCUAUAAGGUGUCAUAGGACUCUUUGCUGCUAGUUACUUUACAUACCAAAGCUAAAUUUCAAAGGCAAUUUUACCGUUCUGGUAGGGUGACAAGAUGGCAAGUGUGAAAAAUCGGGAUGGGGGAUAAUUGGAGCCUAUAUAAGAAAAAGACCCCAAAAUCGGGACUGUCCCUAUAAAAUUGGGACAUCUGGUCACGCUACUUUUUAGUAACCAAUAACGCCUAGUCCAUAGUAUUGACAGAGGACCUUAACUCUCAAACCAGAUUGUUCAAACAAAAGUUUUAAAGAUCUGUUCUGGCUUUCCCUGAAGUUAAUAGCAAAAAUCCAGUGGGAGCACAUACUUCUCUAGAAAAAGAAAAUACAUAUCUUUUCAAAGCGAAAUGUGCAAAGCUUAGUCUAUGGCACACUUCAAUAGCUGUUUACUUACCUCUGGAAAAUUAAUAGGUUACAGUUACUAAUGAAACCUUCCCUUUUCUAACAGCCAGAGUACUGAGUGCAAUCCAAGUUCUGAAAGGUACCAGAAGGUGACCUAUAACUGCUUCUUUUGUGCAAGUUGGACUGGUGCCCUCUGCUUUUUACUCUGGUAACAUUGUAAUGUUUCAGAUACUUUGAGAUGAUGUAUUUGGAUGCUGCCUUAAGAGAAGGUCCAUGUUUUGCACAGAUGAGGUACAGUGCAGCGUUUCAUGUAGUAUUUAUCAACAUCUUGGGGGUGUGUGUAAGAUUGGAAAUACCAUGCUGGGGGAGGGAGGAAACACUGAGUGUUAGCAAAUAAAUAAAUCACCAUAGUGCCAAGAACAGACAAAUAUAGAAAGUGUUGCUUAGAAUUAAUUUGGAGCCUUCCAUUUAAUGCAGUCCGUCUAUUUGAAAACCCAGAUUUUGAAGGCAGCUUUUUCUGAGGCUGCAUGAUCAAAACUUGCUGUUUGUAUUGCUCAUUGGAUAGUUAAGAUUUUGCUGGUAAUUUACUUUUGUAGUAAGGGUGGCAGUUUGUUUAUUUACAUUUGGAGCGUUUCUGUUAUGUGGUAUAGGAUCUUUCUUUAGAAGUUUGGGUUUAUGACUGACUGCUUCCCCUCUUCUCCCCUCCGCCCCCCCAAACAAAUUUCGCUUUCCUCUGAAAUCUGAGGGGAAGAAAUAGAGCCAUCCUGGAAAACUUUUGCAGUUUAUGGUGAGAGACAAUGAAAUCUAGAAGACAUUUCCCCUCCCCACUA